AACCUGAAGAAAUCCGGCGAAUUUCUGACGUAAUUUGCCUCUAGUGAUAAAAAUCCGCCAUUAACUACGGUGCGCACACGAGGCCAGAGUGAAGUUUGGUCAGCUCAGAGUGGAGUUGGAGGAGGAGGGGGAGGGGGAGGAGGAGGAGGAGGAGGCGGAAGAGGAGGGAGAGGAGGAAAGGGCAUGACAAGAAGAGGAACGAGGGAACAAAUCAGCAACAGUAGCAGCAGCAGUAGCAGUGUGGGUGGAGGUGGUAGUGGUGGUGGUGGUGGUGGUGGCGGCAGUGUCACAAGUGCUGGGUGGAUGGUUCAGGCGGGUGGUGGUGGGGGAGGGCGGGCCGGGGCGGGUGACAGGAUGGCUCUGGUGUCGGCGCUGACCUCACCUGACACCCUGGAGGCUCUGGCACAGUUUGUGGCUCAAGAACUCUUGGACGAUGCCAUUCUGAAUGUGGUGUUUGAGGUGCACCAGAGUGUGAAGACUGGACUGCUGGUGCUGGAGAUGGGCUCUCUGGAGGAGGACACCAAGUUCCUGCAGGUGAGUGCGGAAGGGCUGGAUGUGUUUGGUCAGGCUCCGGUAAAGAAGCAGCAAGAGUGUGUAUGUCCGAGCUGUUCCAGGAAUUUGGCUGCCUCCAGGUUUGCUCCGCACCUUGAGAAGUGCAUGGGGAUGGGACGGAACUCCUCACGCAUUGCAUCACGUCGCAUUCAGAACAGCACAAAGGAAAACAGCGGUGGAGGUCCAGUGGGAGGGGGCGGAGCUGCAGCCAGCGACGAUGAUGAGGAUGAGGACUGGUUGUUGGAUCGCAAGAGGAAGAAGAGAGAUAAGAACUCACCUCGCCGAUCUAAGAAUGCUAAGCUGGCCAAGGCGGGUGAUGGAGUGUCCAGCAGCGGAAGCAACAGCAACAACAACAGCAACAGUAGCUCAGUGGAGAGCACCCUUGCCAGUGGAUCAGCAGAAGAGAAGCGAGCAAUGUUCAAGCAGAUUUGUGGUGUGAUAUCAGAGCACACUCGCAAGAUGUGCACCAGAUCACUGCGGUGUCCUCAGCACAGCAGUGAACAGAGGCAGGCUGUGAGGGACCAGGUCUUGAGUGGUGCAGACCCUACCACCACUACACGGGCCGCAGACUCCACCACACUCACUACACGUGGCCUAGGGGCAGAUGGGGAGGACAUACAGGUGGAUAUAGAUGGGCUGGAUGAGGGACAGCUGGCCACGUCCUGGGAUAAUGACCAUUCCAACACAACGUCCCCAGCAGACUCCACUUCCACUAACAACUCCACGUCUUCCCUUGCACGGCGCACCAAGACAAAGAAGAAGUCGUCGUCGUCAUCCAAGUCGUCUAAAUCAUCUUCCUCCAGCCAUGGUUCUUUGCUAGAUUGAGUGUGUCUGUGCAUACGUGUGUGUGUGUGUGUGUGUGUGUGUGUGUAUGAAUCUCUGAACUUGUUUGAUUUAAGUGUGUCUGUGUGUGUGAUUCAAUUUGCAUCAUCUUCAUUAUCAUUACUAUUAUUAUUGCUAUUGUCUCAGCCUGGUGUAGAGAUAAAUAGAUGAUUACUAUUGUUAUUAUUAGGUUAGUCAGGUGGGAAGGAUGAAGGACAGAAGGAUGGGGAAGAGAAGGAAGGGAAUCUCUUCUUCAGGGUAUAAGUUUAGUUACUAAUUGUCUUUCUCCUUUUGUAUUCUUUGAUUAGUGAGAAUUUUUUAGGUUGUUUUUUGUGAGAGAGAGAGAGAGAGAGAGAAUGGUGAGUGUGUAUGUGUAGCUUUUGUGCUGGGUGUCUUAAUGAGGCAAUGAAUCAUCUAGCUAAUAAAUUGACAGUAGAAUGAAAUAAAUUAGAAAAAUAAAAA